AUGGAACGAUUCAUUCUUAUUAACUGGACUGUGCUUUGUGUAGCCGUUCUUUUCUUCGAAACAGUAUUGUCAAUACCUCAUGAAACAAGCGUUCCAAAUGAAAGAAACGAUGAUAAUAAGGAUACAUACUUCUGGUUUGGACCCAGGCUUGGAAGAAAGAAAAGGAAUUCAAGUAAUGAUAAUUUGUACCAAGACACACAGAAGGACGAAAUAGUUUCCCUUACAGAUGCUUUACAGGAUGUACCAUGGGCUAUAAUUGCUGUAAAUGAUCUUUUAGAAGGAAAACGACAUGUAGUGAAUUUCACUCCACGGUUAGGUAGAGAAUCUGGUGAAGAAUUUGUUAACAAUGCUCCUGAGGAUCGAUGGCUGCAAAAUCACGAAACAUCGGGAGAAAUGUUAUAUCAAAGAUCACCUCCGUUCGCGCCCAGGUUGGGAAGACACUCAUCACCAUUUUCCCCACGAUUAGGAAGGGAAAAUGACAGGAAUCUCUUUUCAUAAGUUUCUGCAAAUAAUGAAAUGCU